UUUCUUGGCUUGUAGUCUGAAAGCCGGCUGGAGUUACCGCUCAUCGAGGUGUUACAUCUGCAGUUCCUGGGCCUUCGCUCCUUCCUGUAUUCGCGUCCAUAUUUGGCUUUCGGACAUUCAAGUUGAACUUUGUCUACAAUUAUUUGACUAACAGCUUUAGAAAGUGUCCAAAGGUUUCCAGAACUGUCAUUGAAGCUUGCUGCUAAAACACGGUUUGCAAGAUGGCUUCUGCAUGGCAGCGUGUCUUGUCUGCACACCAGAGAAUAGUUGAAAAUGGAGACAAGAGGACAGACCCCUGGCUGCUGGUCUACUCCCCCAUCCCAGUGUCAAUCAUCUUCCUGGUUUACCUCUGCGUGGUCUGGGCCGGUCCUCGUCUGAUGAAUCACAGACAACCUGUUGACCUCAAAGUGGUCCUCAUAGUUUACAACUUUGCCAUGGUUGGUUUGUCUGCAUAUAUGUUCCAUGAGUUCCUGUUCACAUCCUGGCUCUCAAACUACAGCCUCCUCUGUCAGCCUGUAGAUUACAGCACCAGUCCACUGGCAAUGAGGAUGGCCAGAGCGUGCUGGUGGUUUUUCUUCUCCAAGGUCAUAGAGCUCAGUGAUACGAUCUUCUUCAUCCUGCGGAAGAAGAACAAUCAGCUGACUUUCCUUCAUGUUUACCAUCACGGCACCAUGAUCUUCAACUGGUGGGCAGGAAUCAAGUAUGUGGCUGGAGGACAGUCGUUCUUCAUCGGUGUGGUCAACACCUUCGUUCAUGUCGUCAUGUACUCUUACUACGGCCUGGCGGCGAUCGGCCCUCACAUGCAGAAGUACCUGUGGUGGAAACGAUACCUGACUUCUCUGCAGCUAGUGCAAUUCCUGCUCUUCCUCCUGCACACAGGCUACAACCUUUUCACAGAGUGUGACUUCCCCGACUCUAUGAACAUGUUGGUGUUUGGUUACUGCAUCACCCUCAUCAUCCUUUUUAGUAACUUUUAUUAUCAGAGCUACCUUAACAAGAAGAAACAGAAAUGAGAUGUCAAAAGUUUUUAUGAUAGAUAAAAUCUGAAAGUUGUGGCCACUAGAGGGCAGAUUAUGUCCACAGUUUGCAGGUUUUUACUCAGGCUCUUCAACCAUCAUACUUGACAAUCUAUGCAAACACACAAGUGAUGUAAACAAUUUUGACACAGCAUGUAAUUUUUUUUUAUUAUUAUUUAUAAUAAAAAAAAAAAU